AUCGGGUACAUAUUGAACAAAAUAGGUUGAAAAAUAGAAAGAACUUUGAAUGACUGGUUGAAUAUUGCCAACAUUAGAAUGGCGUUUGGUUUUAAAGAAAUAUACAAGUCAUCUUGCACGUUUUAAUCCUUUAAAUAGCAAAGCUGAUGUAAUUUCAAUUUUAAACGACGUCAUCCAUCUACUUAAAAAUGUGUGUAAAUAUGCAGAAAAAGUUAUAGACAAACAUUUCACUGUGUGAAAAGAGGUUAGAGUUUUGUAUCAAAAUACUUCAUUCAAAAUAAUGUAUUUUUCAAAAUGUGCUAAGUUAUUCCAGCGGCAUGGUGCUGGAACGCUUUCAAAUGUUAAAAUGGCAACUGCAACAAGAAAUGUUGCCAUACUUUUUAUGAAUCCAGGGGACAAGCUUGUACAGCAACUCUCCUUCAGUGGACCAAGAUCAAAACGUCCGACUCCAUUAUGUACAAAGAAAUGCUUGUGUACAAGUUGUUAUCUCACAAGCAAUAGAGAAGUUAAGAGUGGGCCUGUGCAUUUUACAGAGUCAAUUGCUGAACAUCCUCUUUCUGAUGUUGAAAAAACGAAAGAAAUCAUCCGAAAGUCUAAGGACUACGUUCCUCCUCAUCCAAUAUGGGCUAUGUUUUUGACUCAAAGGGAAAACUCAAACAACCGUUUUUGCAUAAAAUAUUGUUCCACGAAAGAAAAAGUUCUUGUGAGCAUGGAGUUAAUGCAGAAAGAAACCCAAGUUUACGCCUCGUCUUGGAGGACAAAACAUUGGCUCCAGCUAGAUAUGGCUUGGACGAACUUUACUUUGCUUGAUAUGUUCCUGAAAAUAGUUGCAACUCCUCGUUUUGGUCUCUAUGGCGAGGCUAGUGAUACAAGGACGGACAAAGAUUUACAAUCAGUUGCUAUAACACAUAAAGAACCAGAAGGAAAAGUUGAUAAGCUUGCUUACUUCACCGUUCAAGCUUUACGACUUUCGUUUGAUGGGAUUUCCAUGUACAAAAUUGGCAAAAUGACAGAAAGCAAAUGGCUUACACGAAUUAUUCUCCUGGAGACUGUAGCUGGCGUACCAGGUAUGGUUGGCGCUAUGACCAGACAUUUUCAUUCUUUACGACGUAUGAGAAGAGAUCAUGGUUGGAUACAUACAUUACUAGAAGAGGCUGAAAAUGAACGCAUGCAUUUAAUGACGGCACUUGAAUUGAAAAAACCGAAUAUUUUUUUUCGUGGAAUGGUCUUAAUGAUGCAAGGAGUAUUCGUGAACAUGUUUUUCAUUUCGUACUUGUUGAGUCCGAGAUUUUGCCAUCGUUUUGUUGGCUAUCUUGAAGAAGAAGCAGUAAGGACUUACACCCAUUGUAUUGAGAUGAUGGACUCGGGUGCAUUAGAUGUGUGGAACACAAAACCAGCUCCUUUGAUUGCCAAAAAAUACUGGAGACUUAAGGAUAAUUCUACAAUGCGUGACGUCAUUCUUGCUAUACGUGCAGACGAAGCACAUCAUCGAAAAGUUAAUCAUACUUUUGCAUCCAUGCAUCUGGAUGAACAAAACCCUUUUGAACCAUGGGAAAAAAAUUAUAACUCCAGUCAUUUAAUUUGAACUAACAACUAUUGCUGGUGAAAACUGCAUCGUGUUCUUAACAUUAUUUUAUUAUACACUUGCAACUAAUUGCGAACUUUUGAAUAGUGAAAAUGUGUGAACUAUAGUUUUUU